CCGGGCCCCCGGGACAUGGCCCUCCGGAGUGCGCAGGGCGACGGCCCCACCUCUAGCCGCUGGGACGGCGGCGCGGAGAAGACAGGGAAGCGAUUCUGGAGUUUGGGAGUCAGCGGAUGCUGAGACCAGAGGAAUCCUGCUGGCCGACUCGUGUCCCUAAUGCGAAGGACGGGUGGGGGAUCUGGUCCGGCUUCGUCACGUCUGGGGAGAAUUGGGUCUCCCCGAGAACUGAGGCCGAGCCUCCACCCCCGACUCGAAGCUGUCCGGCCACGUCUGCACACUCCUGGUGCCUCCUCCCUAGUUGUAAGGCACGUUUCCCAAACUUCAUUCAUCUCUCGCCGGCUUGAAUUACGCAGUACUUGAACGCCAAAAAGAAAAAGAAAGUGGCAGAGAUAUACCAGGCUCUGGACAGUGACCCCACCGAUGUGGCUGCCCUUAGACGCAUGGCUAUCAGUGAAGGAGGGCUCCUGACUGAUGAGAUCAGGCAGAAAGUGUGGCCCAAGCUCCUCAAUGUCAACACCAAUGACCCACCUCCUAUAUCAGGGAAGGACCUUCGGCAGGUGAGCAAGGACUACCAGCAAGUGCUGCUGGACGUCAGGCGCUCCUUGCGGCGCUUCCCGCCUGGCAUGCCGGAGCAGCAGAGAGAGGGGCUCCAGGAAGAGCUGAUCGACAUCAUCCUCCUGGUCCUGGAGCGCAACCCCCAGCUGCACUACUACCAGGGCUACCACGACAUCGUGGUCACGUUCCUGCUGGUGGUGGGCGAGAAGCUGACGGCCUCCCUGGUGGAGAAACUGUCCACCCACCACCUCAGGGACUUCAUGGAUCCAACAAUGGACAACACCAAGCAUAUAUUGAACUAUCUGAUGCCCAUCAUUGACCAGGUGAAUCCCGAGCUGCAUGACUUCAUGCAGAGUGCUGAGGUAGGAACCAUCUUUGCCCUCAGCUGGCUCAUCACCUGGUUUGGGCAUGUGCUGUCUGACUUCAGGCACGUCGUGCGGUUGUAUGACUUCUUCCUGGCCUGCCACCCGCUGAUGCCCAUUUACUUCGCAGCCGUGAUUGUGUUGUAUCGAGAGCAGGAAGUCCUGGAUUGUGACUGUGACAUGGCCUCGGUCCACCACUUGUUGUCCCAGAUCCCUCAGGACCUGCCCUAUGAGACGCUGAUCAGUAGAGCCGGAGACCUGUUUGUUCAGUUUCCGCCGUCUGAACUGGCUAGGGAGGCAGCUGCCCAACAGCAGGCCGAGAAGACGGCUGCCUCUACCUUCAAAGACUUUGAGCUGGCGUCCGCCCAGCAGAGGCCUGACAUGGUGCUGCGGCAGCGGUUUCGGGGACUCCUGCGACCUGAGGACCGAACGAAAGACGUCCUGACCAAACCGAGGACCAACCGCUUUGUGAAGCUGGCGGUGAUGGGGCUGACUGUGGCGCUUGGAGCGGCCGCCCUGGCUGUGGUGAAAAGCGCCCUAGAGUGGGCCCCGAAGUUCCAGCUGCAGCUGUUCCCCUAGAGGCCGGGGAGGGCGCGUCCUCCUCUGGCAACUGAGGUCUCACCCUUCCAUGGAAGGAUUGGGAGGGGGUGGCAUUUCCUUUAUUAAAAGGGUUUCUGUCAA